GAGAAGAGGAGCGGGCGGGCCAAUGGCGGCCGAGCUUUCACCUCCCUCACGGCGGCGGCGGCGGCGGCGCGGGGCGUGGCGGCCCCUCCCGCGGCGCUGGGGCAGGAGCGGCGCGGCCCGGCCCGCACCGGCACGGGGCGCCCAGCCCAGCCCGGCCCAGGCGGGCCCCGAGGAUGCCGGGGGCAGCGGCAGAGCAGCAGCAGCAGCAGCAGCAGCAGCGGCGGCGGUGGCGGCAGUGACGGCCCCGCCAUGUCGGUGCUGGUGGCGAGGAAGAAGAAGAAGCCGAAGGUGGUGCGGCGAUGGGAGCGGCUGCCCGGCAGGAACACCUUCUGCUGCGACGGCCGCAUCAUGAUGGCCCGCCAGAAGGGCAUCUUCUACCUGACGCUCUUCCUCAUCCUCGGCACCUGCGCCCUCUUCUUCGCCUUCGAGUGCUUUCUGUUUCCCUGCAGGUGUCGGUACCUGGCAGUCCAGCUCUCUCCAGCCAUCCCCGUGUUCGCAGCGGUUCUCUUCCUCUUUGCCAUGGCCACGCUCCUGCGGACGAGCUUCAGUGACCCCGGGGUGAUCCCGAGAGCCCUGCCCGACGAGGCGGCCUUCAUUGAGAUGGAGAUCGAGGCCACCAACGGGACCGUGCCGCAGGGUCAGCGCCCGCCCCCGCGGAUUAAGAACUUCCAGAUCAACAACCAGAUAGUGAAGCUGAAGUAUUGCUACACGUGUAAGAUCUUCCGUCCGCCCCGUGCCUCGCACUGCAGCAUCUGUGACAACUGUGUGGAGCGCUUCGACCAUCACUGUCCCUGGGUGGGCAACUGCGUGGGGAAGAGGAACUACCGCUAUUUCUACCUCUUCAUCCUCUCGCUCUCACUCCUCACCAUCUACAUAUUCACCUUCAACAUAGUCUACGUAGCACUAAAAUCUCUGAAGAUUGGGUUUCUGAACACGUUGAAGGAAACCCCAGGGACAUAUCCUUCCCCAGUGCCAGAAGGGUUGGCUUCUAAGUUGGGGGGUGAAACAAAAAACUGCCUAGGUGAAGAAGCAGCAGGGCUAACGCACCGGAGUGUCGUGACUCAGCUCGGGUGUGACUGUUUGCCCGGUCCCUGCUCCUUAACUGCUCUCACUGUACUGGAGGUGCUCAUCUGUUUCUUCACCCUGUGGUCGGUGGUGGGGUUAACUGGGUUCCACACCUUCCUGGUGGCACUGAAUCAGACAACCAACGAAGACAUCAAGGGUUCCUGGACUGGGAAAAACCGUGUGCAGAAUCCCUACAGCCAUGGCAACAUAGUGAAGAACUGCUGCGAGGUGCUCUGCGGGCCUCUGCCCCCCAGCGUCUUGGACAGACGGGGCAUCUUGCAGCAGGAGGAGAGCACAGCUCAGGAGGAGACCGGCACGCGGGGGUCCAGCGCUCCAGAGCCCACUGCUGCUCAGGGCCCUGGUGGGCAGGAGGAGGAGAGCAGCGCUCAGCAGGACGGCAGCCUUCCUCACCCCAGUGCCGUCCCCGUGCCGUCCCUGAGCAACGCUGAGAUGCCGGAGGAAAAGCAGCUAACGACCGGGGAGCUCCCGGCCCCAUCCCAGGACGCUGGGCAAGCAGAGCACUAGCCUCUGCUUGAAAGGGAGAACUUUCUUGUUUUGUCUAAUCAAAGCUGGAAGUGAUUGAGGAGAGGAGGAGAUGGGCUGGAUGGCAGGCAAAUGAUUCCUCACGGCCGUUUUGCUUUAGUCAUUAUUCAUCCGGAGGCGCAGGUGGCGUGGGCUGGCUCUGGCCAUGCACGGGGGCAAAGGAGAACGAGCACGAGCAGCCCAGCGCGCCCACUGAGGGACGCUCCCCGCCACCGGGGCUGGUCUCCCUGCGGGCCGAGGCAGGACCUCUUGCUCUGCAGGUUGUCCUCAACGCUAAAUGCUGGCUUGGUGGCCCGAGCUGUCCCUCCGCCUGGCCCUGACUGACCCGCUGACUUGUGGUCAAGCAGCUCAGAAGCGAUGUUAGGGUCGGCCUGCUCCCUGCUGCUGAGGAAUCCUGAUGGGAAGGAGCAAGUGAUUAAUGGCAGUAACGUCCUCUCUCCCCUCCUCCCUCCUUCCUCUAAUCUGUGGCAUUGUUUUAUUGGUUAACGUGGCAGGGGUUGUCAGGAGACGUCGUUUUGGUGCCAAAAGGGCCGAAAAAACUGGGAAGGUGUUCUGCUGGCCGUGUUUC